AUGGACAUGGACGAAGAUGACGAUCUCUACCAGCCAGAGGAGCCAAAGAUUGAACAGGACGACGAGAAGAAGCCCAAAGUGGAAGAGCUAGAAGAGGGCGAGGAGGAAGAUGAAAGCGGCGCCAUGGAUGAAGACGACGAUGACGACUCAGUACGGGAUAUCGACAUCAUCACAGAGCGGAAAGAUGGCACAAAAGCAGCACCACCACCACAGGCCAAAUAUAGCGACAUCAGAAAUAUUCCUCAGCGAUCAGCCUCCAACGACAUCUCAGGGAAGGCAUCAGCGCCCGUCAAGAGGGACGAAGACUCAAAAACAACGAGCGCCUUGAACAUUGCCGCUCCCAGCGCGGACCAAACAUCGGCUGCUGCCUCAAAAUCAACAAUCGAUAUUAAUGCUAACCCAGUCCACCCCGCAGCUGGCAAGCCUAUAACACAAGUCAACAUAGACGAAGAUCUACCAGACAGCGAUAAACCGUGGCGUAAGCCAGGCACAGACAUCAGCGACUACUUCAACUACGGCUUCGACGAGUUCACAUGGGCUUUAUACGCUGCUAAGCAGGAGUCGAUCCGUGGCGAAUUUGGCGCCGAUGCUUUUGCUGCUAAUAAUAAGAAGAUGAUGGAAGACUUUAACAUGAUGAUGAUGGGCGGCAUGGGCAUGCAGGGUGGAGGAGGUGCAGGCGCUGGCGCUGGCGGAGCUGCUGGUGGCAUGCCGGGAAUGGAUGGAAUCCCACCCGAGAUGCAAGCCAUGAUGCAACAGAUGAUGGCUUCGGGCAUGGACCCAUCUCAGAUGGACCCAAGCCAGAUGGCCGCCAUGUUCUCCGGGAUGCAAAACGCCGGUGGGAAUGCGGGCGCGCAAGGCAAUCAGGGCCAAAACUUUGGCGGCGGCUUUGGUGGAAACCAAGGUGGCUUCGGCUAUGAUCAAGGCAUGGCGGGAGGCGGCAGUGGAAGAGGAGGAUUUGGAGGCCGUGGCCGCCGUGGCCGAUGGUAG